AUGAAACCGAAGAAAUGCAACACGGACGGCAGCAACGGGAAGACUGCUCUUUUGGUGUUAACUGUGGCUGUUUCUUUGACCCUGUCUCAAGCAGAGUCGGACUCAUCAUCACGUUUCGUCAAAGACAUCGAUGGUUACAUGAGCGUAUGUCAACGUCUUGGAUGGGAACCGAAAAAAAACGUAGGUUGUUUUCAAAAUGACGGCUUGAUCGCCUUCCAUGCUGUUCUGAAGUCUCACCUACAGAACGUUCCAGUAAACACUACAUUGAAGUUUGAGGAUGUUUUGUUGAAUAAAGGAAAUGGAUACGAUCCAAAAACAGGUGUCUUCACCGCACCCCAAAACGGUGUCUACUCUUUCGAUUGGACCUUCGUUACGACAAAAGGAUCAAGCGUUUACUUAGAGGCAGUGGUGGAUGGUGUCGGGAAAGCAUCCGCAUGUAUCAAGGAUCAAGCAAGUCACGACGUGAGUGUCUCGGGACAUUUGCUCUCUGAACUGAAAGAGGGAAACAAGGUCGAGAUCAAAACGGCCCAUGUUCCAGCUGGUGACUUGAAACCACACAAGUUCAACUCCUUCACGGGACAUAUGCUGAGGUAAUAACCCAUUGGUUUAAAAAGAACUUAUAUUGUUCAUAUGUAAACAGAGUGGACGAAAAAAUAAAAUCCA